GUUUCCGCUCCAACCCGAGCUCCCCUUCGUUAUAGUCGAGUUGUGUUGUCCCUCGUCGCUUCCCGUCCGUCCCAUUCGAACUGCUCUUCUGCUUAGAAAUGGCUGAAGCUCCCCCACGGCCCUGCCGGUUUUUUUGUCACCGGUGUUCCGCAGAGAUUAGUCCACGCUUACCGGACUACACUUGUCCACGCUGUGAAUCUGGUUUCAUUGAAGAACUCCCUGAAGAAAGGAGUACUGAAAAUGGAUCUGCAUCAACAUCCACCUCAUCCACCGGUGAUCAGAACCGCCCAGUCUUUGAGAACAUGGAUCACCAGCACUUAUUUACAUUCCCCUCUGGGUACGGUCCCUUUGCGCUUGGGAUUUUUGAUGAAAACUUUGACCUUCGAACACGGCUACCCACAGAGGACAACAGAGAGACAGAAAACAGGAGAGAAAGGGAAAUGGCAUCACGGCAACGAUACAGUGCACGGCAACCCCGGGGUCGACACAUUCCUCGACGACAGGGUACGCGCCAUGAAGGAGUGCCCACGUUAGAGGGAAUUAUCCAGCAGCUAGUAAAUGGGAUUAUAGCGCCUACAGCCAUGCCAAAUAUUGGGAUGGGUCCAUGGGGAAUGCUGCAUUCCAACCCAAUGGAUUACGCCUGGGGUGCCAAUGGUCUUGAUGCUAUUAUAACACAGUUAUUGAACCAAUUUGAAAACACGGGUCCCCCUCCAGCCGACAGGGAAAGGAUAAAAAGUUUACCAACCAUAUCCAUAACUGAGGAACAUGUGGGUGCUGGUUUGGAGUGUCCUGUGUGCAAAGAAGACUACAGCGUUGAGGAGAGUGUUAGACAACUUCCAUGCAAUCAUUUAUUUCACAAUGACUGUAUAGUACCGUGGCUGGAACAGCACGAUACGUGUCCUGUGUGCAGGAAGAGUCUUAGUGGACAGAACACAGCUACAGACCCGCCGGGGUUAUCAGGAAUGAACUUUUCCCCAUCCUCUUCAUCCUCUUCCUCCCCCAGCUCACCUAGCAAUGAGAAUGCUGCCAGCAACUCGUAGAAUUUACUACCACGGCCACCUCACAUCAGAGAAACCUCGCAACACGAGUGAAACAGGCAACAGCUGCUCCUCUCCACAGCUGAGACCAGGACAGCUAUCUGUCUCAAUUGAAGGGACGAUAUGGAGGUGAACUCUGAAAUUGUUGCAGACUGUAAGUUAUUCAUUCUUCCCCCUGUGCUGAACGAAUGCUGGGUCAUGUUCCUGCUGCUAUAGUGGCCAGGAUAUUGAGGAGGUGGACUGGGCAGUGUUGAAGAAGGCUAAUCAAGGGGGGAUCAUGCUAAAACUGGAGCAGAGUUUGAGCGUGAAUACCUUUGUUUUGAUGGAGAAGUGUCUUCACAAAAAGGAAGAACGCAUUUUAUAAUAAUUAAGAGGAAGAAAAAAAAAAGCUCUUUGAAAAAAACAAACAUUUCCUGUAGUGAUGCAGAGUACAUAGGUGUGUAGAUAGAGAAUUCAUUCUGAACCGUCAGCCGCUGUACAGCCAAUGGAUCAAACUAAAACUUUGCAGAAAGGGAACUGAGUGUAGGUUUUUAUUUAUUUGCACCUUUGUUUUUUAUUUUGCACAACAUUCUGCCUGAUAUUGAGAAUGUGAAUUUGGGGAAACUACUGAACAAAAAAAGGGAGAUUUGCAUUGAAUGAGUCUUUUAGGACUUAUUUGUUUUUAAGAGAUUCUCUUUUUUAUUAGACCUUGAUCCAGUGUACUUGGUGUAUCUUGAAACAUCCACACAGCUCAAACCCCACUUAUUUAUUGAUCACCUGCCGAAGAUAGAAAAUGAGAACUGUAAAAGGAAAAACAACACAUAAAUAUGGCAUGGGAUCAUCUUACCUCUAUGGAAAUGACCAAAUGUGUUUCAUACAACAAGUGUUUAUUAUUUUAUUUACUGAUUUUUCGUACAGUCACAAUAAAGUGCUCAAAAACACA